ACACAGUUGGAGUAACAUUCUUCAAUUUUGUAGAGAGAAAUUGUGGACAAGGCAGCAAUGCCUAAGCGAAAGAUAAACCUGAUGGAGGUUUGGCGCAGGAAUCGUGCUGCACACCCAAACAGAGCUAAGAACUUAAAACUAUGGCCACAUCAACUGGCACAACUGAGAGACCCCGAAGUGGUGGCAGCCGUCCUUCAGCAGAAUGUCAAGAUGGCGCGACUACUCCCUCCCAUAGGCACCGAUGUGUUCCGCCCCUUUACUUUGGAGUCGCUCGCCGAGAUCGAGCGGCGGAUGGCAGAGGAGGCCGCCGAGCAGGAGCAGAUGAAGGCCCAGACUACCGAGGUACCUGAGGAGGAUCUACCCAAACCCAGCAGUGAUUUGGAAGCAGGAAAGGCCCUGCCGUUCAUCUACGGAGACCCUCCGCCAAAUCUCCUCAACGUUCCCCUGGAAGAGUUAGAUCCAUUCUACAAAGCAAAAAAAACGUUCAUCGUGGUCACCAAAGGCAAUACAAUAUACCGAUUCAAUGCUGAACCUGCAUGCUACGUUCUCAGUCCAUUCAGUCCUGUUCGACGUGUGGCCAUCAGAAUACUCAUACAUUCAUUAUUUAGCAUGUUCAUCAUGUUAACCAUCUUGUCAAACUGCGUUUUCAUGACGAUGGGUGACCCUCCAGCAUGGAGUAAAACAGUAGAAUAUGUUUUCACUGGCAUCUACACCUUUGAGGCGCUUGUGAAGGUGCUGUCCAGAGGCUUCUGCAUUGGUGAUUUCACAUUCCUGCGAGAUCCGUGGAAUUGGCUGGAUUUUAUGGUCAUCACCAUGGCGUACCUCACAGAGUUUGUGGACUUGGGGAAUAUAUCCGCUCUAAGGACUUUCCGUGUUCUUCGGGCCCUGAAGACAAUAACUGUAAUUCCAGGUCUUAAAACCAUCGUUGGCGCCCUGAUUCAGUCGGUGAAGAAAUUGGCGGACGUCAUGAUCCUCACUGUCUUCUGUCUCAGCGUGUUUGCUCUCAUUGGCCUGCAACUGUUCAUGGGAAAUUUGAGGCAAAAGUGUGUCCGGUCUUUUGACUGGAGCAACAGUGAUAACCUCACCAUGCUUUUCAACCACACAGACAUCAACGGCACUGAAGCCAACAACACAUUCAACUUUCAGGAAUAUAUUAACAAUCCAGAAAACUACUACUAUGUGCCUGGUCACAUCGAUCCUUUGCUUUGUGGGAACAGCUCUGAUGCAGGGAAAUGCCCCGAGGGAUACACAUGCAUGAAAGCUGGCCAAAACCCAAAUUACGGCUACACUAGUUAUGACAACUUUGGGUGGGCUUUCUUAGCCCUUUUUCGGCUAAUGACUCAAGAUUUCUGGGAGAACUUGUUUCAGUUGACGCUCCGUGCAGCAGGGAAGACGUAUAUGAUCUUCUUUGUAGUCAUCAUCUUCUUGGGUUCGUUCUACCUCAUCAAUCUGAUUCUGGCUGUGGUGGCUAUGGCAUAUGCUGAACAGAAUGAAGCAACCAUUGCAGAAGCUAAAGAAAAGGAGGAAGAGUAUGCAAAAAUCCUGGAACAGCUCAAGAAACAAGCUGAGCAGCAGAAAAACAACAUGGUAAAUGGCAGUAAGACAUCAUUAUCCAGCAAGAAGAAAGGUGAUGAUGACCAAAUGCAGAACGACUAUGACGGGAUUGCAUUGAAGCCCCUCUCAAAGUCGAAUGGAUCCAAAGGUAGCAUGAAUUACUUGGAAGUCCCUGAUUCGCAGAUGAGAAAACCGAGUGCAGUGAUCACCACAGACAAUACUACAGAUGAGCUGGAGGAUAUUGAAAGGCCGUGUCCUCCAUGCUGGUAUAAGUUUGCUGACAUUUUCCUGAAAUGGAAUUGCUGCGUGCCAUGGGUGAAAUUCAAGAAGUUUAUCUACCUAAUUGUAAUGGACCCGUUUGUGGAUCUGGGAAUUACGAUCUGCAUUGUGCUCAACACUGUGUUCAUGGCUAUGGAGCACUAUCCUAUGACUCCAGAUUUCGAUGAAAUAUUGGCAGUGGGAAAUCUGGUUUUCACAGGUAUCUUCACAGCCGAGAUGGUGCUAAAACUUAUUGCACUGGACCCAUAUUAUUACUUUCAAGUUGGCUGGAACAUUUUUGACAGCAUAAUUGUUACCAUGAGCCUGGUGGAGUUGGGCCUAGCCAAUGUUCAGGGCCUGUCUGUGCUGAGGUCUUUCCGUUUGAUGCGUGUGUUCAAGCUGGCAAAAUCUUGGCCAACCCUAAACAUGUUGAUAAAGAUCAUCGGUAAUUCUGUAGGUGCCCUUGGAAACUUGACCCUCGUCCUGGCCAUUAUUGUCUUCAUCUUUGCUGUGGUGGGGAUGCAGCUUUUUGGAAAAAGCUACAAGGACUGUGUGUGUAAGAUCUCGGAGAAUUGCCAGCUCCCUCGCUGGCACAUGACAGAUUUCUUUCACUCAUUUCUCAUCAUCUUUCGUGUUCUGUGUGGGGAAUGGAUUGAAACAAUGUGGGACUGCAUGGAAGUGGCUGGCCAAGGCAUGUGCAUCGUCGUCUUCAUGAUGGUCAUGAUCAUAGGAAACCUAGUGGUGUUGAACCUCUUCCUGGCUUUGCUGCUCAGCUCCUUCAGCGGAGACAACCUGUCAGCGUCAGAUGAUGAUGGGGAGAUGAACAAUCUGCAGAUUGCCGUUGCCAGAAUGACAAGAGCCAUUGACUGGGUAAAGGCCUUUGUUAUCGGACAUUUGCGACAAUGUCUGGGCCUGAAGCCAAAGGAAGAGAGCGUGAAAGCAAACGAAGAGAGCGAUUCUAAAAUGGCCACCAUGAAUUCCAGUCUGUCCGUUGUCAAAGUGCCUAUAGCCAAUGGAGAAUCGGAUGAUGAUGAUGACAACUGCUCUUCUGAGGAUGAAGACAAAGAGGAUAUCGAUAAAAAUACUAAAAAGAAAGCUGGAGAUGAAUCAUCAACCUGCAGCACAGUGGACAAACCUCCAGAGGUAGAAGAGGUGGUAGAAGAGGAAGAAGAGGACUCCACCAUCCCUGAGGAUUGCUACACAGAGAACUGCAUCAGGCGAUGUCCUUGCUUGGAGCUUGACGUUACCCAAGGUAAAGGGAAGACAUGGUGGAAUUUACGUAAAACCUGCUACGCCAUUGUGGAGCACAGCUAUUUUGAAACCUUCAUCAUCUUCAUGAUUCUCCUCAGCAGUGGAGCAUUAGCAUUUGAGGACAUAUACAUUGAACAACGAAGAAUGAUUAAAAUCAUCCUUGAAUAUGCAGAUCAGGUCUUCACUUAUGUGUUUGUCAUUGAGAUGCUUCUGAAAUGGGUAGCCUACGGCUUCAAGGUCUAUUUCACAAACGCAUGGUGUUGGCUGGACUUCCUCAUUGUUGAUGUGUCCCUGAUCAGUUUGACUGCAAAUAUCUUAGGCUACUCUGAACUGGGGGCCAUUAAGUCUCUCAGGACUUUGAGAGCACUGAGACCUCUUCGUGCUCUCUCCAGGUUUGAAGGAAUGCGGGUGGUGGUGAACGCUCUGGUGGGGGCCAUUCCAUCCAUCUUCAAUGUUCUCCUGGUCUGUCUGAUCUUUUGGCUAAUCUUUAGCAUCAUGGGAGUCAACCUUUUUGCUGGAAAGUUUUACUACUGCUACAACUCAACAUCCGAAGAAAUGUUCCACAUCACUGAAGUCAACAAUAAGAGUGAAUGUUUAGAGCUCUCGGAGUAUGAUCCAAAUGUGCGAUGGAUGAAUAUGAAGGUUAACUUUGAUAACGUAGGCAUGGGAUACCUCUCCUUACUGCAAGUGGCAACAUUUAAAGGAUGGAUGGAAAUCAUGUACAGUGCUGUUGAUUCUCGUGAAGUGGAAAUGCAGCCAGACUACGAGUCAAACCUCUACAUGUACAUUUACUUUGUCAUCUUCAUCAUUUUUGGCUCUUUCUUCACCCUCAAUCUAUUCAUCGGUGUCAUUAUUGACAAUUUCAACCAACAAAAGGCAAAGUUAGGAGGAACCGAUAUCUUUAUGACCGAGGAGCAGAAAAAAUACUACAAUGCCAUGAAAAAACUUGGCGCCAAAAAACCACAGAAACCAAUUCCAAGGCCAACGAACUGCUUCCAAGGUUUAGUAUUCGACCUGGUCACCAAGCAGUUCUUUGACAUCUUCAUUAUGGUGAUGAUCUGCCUGAACAUGGUGACCAUGAUGGUGGAGACAGAUGACCAAAGUGAAGAAAUGGAAUAUAUUCUGUUCUUUAUUAACUUCGUCUUCAUCAUACUCUUCACCGGGGAGUGCAUUCUCAAGAUCAUUGCCCUGCGAUAUCACUACUUUUCCAUUGGGUGGAACAUUUUUGAUUUUGUGGUGGUCAUUCUUUCAAUUUUAGGUCUUUUGCUGGCAGAUCUCAUCGAGAAGUACUUUGUGUCGCCAACGUUGUUUCGUGUUAUCCGAUUGGCCAGAAUCGGCCGUGUCCUGCGGCUCAUCCGCGGUGCCAAAGGAAUCCGAACACUACUGUUCGCCCUGAUGAUGUCACUUCCUGCCCUCUUCAACAUCGGCUUGCUUCUAUUCUUAAUCAUGUUUAUUUUCUCCAUAUUUGGCAUGUCCAACUUCGGCUAUGUGAAAAAAGAAGGAGGCAUCAAUGAUAUGUUUAAUUUCGAGACCUUCGGGAACAGUAUCAUGUGCUUGUUCAUGAUCACAACCUCCGCCGGCUGGGAUGGACUGCUGUCACCUAUACUCAACAGCCCGCCAGACUGCGACCCGGAUGUGGAGAACCCUGGAUCGCCCGUCCGAGGAAACUGCGGGAGCGCUGCCGUAGGCAUUGUCUUCUUCUGCAGCUACAUUGUCAUGUCCUUCCUCGUCGUGGUCAACAUGUACAUAGCCAUCAUCCUGGAAAACUUUAACGUAGCGACAGAAGAAAGCAGCGACCCCUUGUGUGAGGAUGAUUUUGAGAUGUUCUACGAAACCUGGGAGAAGUUCGACCCCACCGCCUCUCAGUUCAUCACUUACAGUAAGCUGUCCGAAUUCUGUGACACGCUCAAAGACCCCCUGAGGAUCCCCAAACCAAACACCCUUAAGCUGAUCACAAUGGAUCUUCCCAUGGUCCCUGGUGAUAAGAUCCACUGUCUGGACCUUCUCCUGGCCCUCACUACAGAGGUGCUGGGAGAUUCGGAUGCCAUGGAUGGCAUGAAAGCAACCAUGGAGGAGAAGUUCAUGGCCAACAAUCCCUCAAAGGUUUCGUACGAGCCCAUCACCAGCACUCUCAAACGAAAACAAGAAGAAGUGGCUGCUUCGACCAUACAAAGAGCCUAUCGGCAGCACGUCCUCAAACGCGGCCUCAGGCACGCCUCGUAUAUGUACAGAGAGAAGACGGACGCCAAGAGACGAGGUGAAGAGGCUCCAGAAAAAGUAGGGAUGAUCGCUAAGAAAAUGAGUUAUCUGUAUGGAGAUCAAGCCAUUGAGGACGACAAACCUAUGGGUUUCUCCUUCUCUCAGCGCGGGAAUCCACAGUAUGGGGUUAAGCGUCCCCCGGUGAGAGUUCAGAGCGACGUGGUCCUGCACUCUGCCCCCUUUCCCGUUCCUGACUCCUCAGCCACUGCGGAAAACUUGAGGGAGUCCAUUGUGUAACAGGUUCAAGACACGCGCACCUUAUCCUUUGGAAAGCCCAGCAAUACUGAGACCCUUCAGGAGACUGUUCAGAGUUUGGCACACAACAGCCAGAAUCAAAGAAAUUUGUGGAGUUUGUAUGGCGAAGAUUCUUUGCAAAUGGCAACGAGUUGUAAUCAAUAUCAUUGAUGCAGUCAAUGGCUCCUCUCAGUACUGCCCUUAAGAAGACGAUCACCAACUGUUUGUCUAACGGCACUGGAAAUGAUUGGGCUCUUAGUGCAGAUAUCAAUUUUCAUGCACAGAACCUGACAUGACAGCAUUUAUCAAAUGAUUACUAAUCAUUAAGAACUAAUUUAGAGGAAGAUCAGGAAGGACUUGUCAUGAUACCUGGCAAAGCCUAUAAUAAAUCCUGAAUUACAUUUUUUUAAAAUCUAAUUCUAUUGCAUUUAACACCUUUUGAGAUUUAGAUUUACAGUUAAUUUUACUGACUUUUCACUAUGCGGUGUGAUUAGCAUUCAAAAUAAACACUUUUGCACUAAAUAAAAUUAACACUGGUAAAACGACCCAAUUGUUAGCAUUUAGCGAACCAUAUUAGUCUUAACAGUUCACUGUAAAAAAACAAAACCAAAAAAAAAACAUAAUAUUAUGUAUAUUUGACUUUAUAUAGACUUUACUAAACAUUUGGUUUUAAUCCAAAGCAGAAUCUCAAGUUGGCCCAAAGGCAAAAAUAUCAAUCGCCAUGCAAGUCAGACCAUAAAACAGUCUUCCAAACAGUUAGCUACUCAGCUGAACAUAUUGUAAAUAUGAAUUCUGUAAUGUUUAAGAUGCCUAAUGAGCCUUUUUGGUAUGUAGGGUGUACUUGCAAGUUGUUUAUUGCAAGUAUAUAAAGUAGUCAGCGAAAUCCUUGGCUUAUGUAGGUAAUUUUUUUAUUUUCACUUUCAGAUAUCAUUUCUUAUGAGCCAGAUAUGCAGUUGUGUCCUGAAUGUCAGGUUGUUCUGCCCAGUUGUGUAGUGGUAAUGGAUUUGAUGACAAAAUAUAUAGAGAAUACUCUGUAGAUGAAACUAUGCAAAGGAUUGCUUAAACAGGGCAUUGUAUGUCAGAAAAACUACAUGUAUAAAUGGAUAUGUGAGGGUCAGAAGUAACAAAACUAGUCAGAUUUUAUAAGCAUUGUGUGGAAACAUCUGUGGACACAUUUCUCAUGUCUGCUACAGUGAGUCAGCCUUAACAAGACUGACCUAAUGUGACUCUUAGCAUCCCUAUUAUGUUUUAAUAUCCAGCAUUUACAGUUGCAUUACAUAAAUGUUUUGCCAUUUUGGUGAUCAACAAUUUACAAUUGUCUGUCUCUUACACAACCGAUUUAUACUUUCAACAGCAUUUAUUUUUUGACAGGUAAAGAGUUUUUAGGAAGUUGGGUUUUUUUUGCUUUUCAUUUCAUGAAAUCUCUCAUUUUUAUUUUUUAUUAAAUUUUAUUAAACAUUUUAUACUUUUGGGGAUCCAAUUGAUGAUUAAACAUGCACUGGCUACUGAUGCUAGCAAUUUUCUUAAGCCCUCCCAGAAGUGUUGAAAUGCUUAAACAUGAAGUUUCUUUUAUUUAUGCCAUUUAUUUAGCAUUUAUUAUAUUUCUUUGUUGAAUGCAAACCAAUAGCGAGAGAGGUAAGCAACCUAUCCACAAUUCAGUUUGUUCAUGCAAUAAUAAGAGAUAAAAAUAAGAAAGCACAAGCAUGCUCCAGAGGGAAAUGCUUUUCAGAAAAACAUUUUCAUUUAAUCAUUUUUCAUUAAAUUGUACAAGACAAAUUAAUAAUAAUUGUUCAUUCAAAUUUAUUUCAUGCUGUACCAUAAUAAAAAUCCUGCUGGUGAUUUCAUUUUCAAAUUAUAUGAUGACUCAGCAAAUUGUGAAAUGAUAGUUUAAUAAUUUUUACUUUUUUUAUGUUCUGCUUAACAUUAAUACCACUGUUUAGUGCACUGAACGUACUGACACACGUCACAGUAUCUGUCACUUGCUGAAUGCAUGUAAUAGAUCUUGUAACAUUCUUUUUUUUUCAAGUACUUAAACAUUUGUAAAGUGUAUUGUAUAUUCUUUCUCAGUUUACAUGAAUGAAAUAAACUUGUUUUUUGAGCCUUGGGA